GAGUAAAAAUGGAAGCGACAAUGAGUACGUUUGUUGCUUAUAACAACUGCCGCUGCAACUUUUACCGCUAGAUGCUUUUCACAAUAACCGAAUUGUUUUCAGUUACGAAAAGAGAUUCAUAAGUUCAGGUUGUGUCCGCGCGCCGUCUAACGGAAAUGUGGUAGUGUGAAACGCGCGUUAAUUGUUUAUAGAUAUUAAAUAAAAUUUUAAGAACUUUGUGAAACGUUACAACAAAUUCAAUUUUAAAAUAAAAUUCACUUAGUGUAUUCUCUUCAUAUUAAAUAAGUGUUCUGUGUUUAGUGUUUUCUAUUCGUCAAUUCGAGUGGUGCACUUUUGUCACAAUUUGAAAGACGCUUAUACGCGUCGCACUUGAUAAUUCUACUGAAAGCCGUUAUUUAAGAAAAAAUAAUUGAAAAAACAACAACAAUAACAUUCAAUCAACUCAAACGAUACUCGACGCGACAUGAACGACAAUAAGAAAUCAGCCAAAGCAUCACAAAAAAAUUCCUCGAUGAACCCCAGACGUACUUUCGUACUGACCUAAGUGAUAGAGCGCCCACAAUAACCGGUUCAACAUAAACGGAAUUGACCCGGAUUUUAUCCGCCCAAAGGCUGUUAUUUCGAUAAUCUAACCCUAACUGAAUCGAACUUAUUUUGGUUUUUAUGGCAGAAGUUUGGAUUGCUGCAGUUAAUGUGCAACAGCACAGCCAGCAGUAUUGAAGAGCGACGCAACAACAACAAUACCAACACUACUGCAACAACAACUAUCACAGCUAUAAAAGAAGACUAAGCAUACAAACACAAAAGCGCCAAGUUGCCAAAGAAACUAGAAAAUAAAGGAAGUACAACAACAACCACCACAAGUAAACGAAGCAGAAGCGAAAGAAUCAACAACAACAAGGAAACAACAAAAACUGGCAUACAAAAGAGUAUAAUACUAUAUAAGUAGCAAUAGUUAAUGCAAAUAAAGCGACCAUAAGCGCAUGCAACAACAACAACAAUACGAAAAGUAUUAAAAGCGUACAGCAACAUAAAAACAACAGCAAAGAAAGCAGAAAAGGCGUAUAACAAAAUAUCAACAACAACCACAAUACGCAAAGUAGUAAAAUCGUACAACAAAAUAUCAACAACAACAACGAAAUCUGUGAAAGCGUACAGCAAAAUAAAAAGAGCUUACGCUUGGACACCUGCAACUUGCUGGAUUCAGGCGCUGCGUGCAACUCCAAUGGCCACAGCUGCAAAGCUAAACAAAUAAAGAAAGAGAUAAAAAAAAGUUUAAUAAAAAUCCGCGGCAACUGCACAGCGCAGCAGCGAAGUGGCAUUAGUAGUUGCUGCCUACACACAACGCUUGCUGCGGUAGAUUUAGCCCAUAUCUACACACACUCACACGCCCAUAUAUGCGCACUCAUACAUAUGCGUGCAAUUACAGUUAGCAUAAAACGCGCUACUUUUUUCACUUUCGCGCGCCUCUUCGCCUAUCUGACUAACGCUCAUUGCAUUACUCCUACUCGCUGGCCAUAAGCGCAUUGGUCUCACCAGCACCUACACCACCAGCGCCAUCAUCAUGGGUCAGUUUAAAUGUUGCUGCGUAGGCACUUUGUGGAGUAAUGUUUUUCUACUACUCAUCACAAUCGGCUACCGGAGCGGAAGCGGCAGUGGUACGCUCGUGUUUGCACAAGGCCAUAAUCAACCAGAUGAGCCGGAGCCGGAGUUCUUGGCGCAAUUGACCAACUUUUCAGUGCCGCAAGGGCGCGAUGUCUCAUUCACGUGCGUGGUCAACAACUUGGGCCAGUAUCGGGUUGCAUGGAUUAAAUCCGACUCGAAGGCAAUACUCGGCAUUCACACCCAUAUGGUGUCACUUAAUCCCAGAUUAUCAGUGACACACAAUGGGCACAACACCUGGAAACUUCACAUAUCCCACGUACAGCUCAACGAUUCAGGCAGCUACAUGUGCCAGGUGAACACAGAUCCCAUGAAGAGUCUGUCUGGCUAUUUGGAUGUUGUAGUGCCGCCGGAUAUUCUAAAUCAUCCGGAACAAAAUCUCGAAGAGGGUAUCUGUAAUGAGGGUGGCACAAUUGUGCUCAUCUGUAGUGCCACGGGCGUCCCUGAACCGACAGUACAAUGGCGACGUGAGGGCGCCAAGGAUAUAGUUCUACGAACGGAGACAAGAGAGAAACAAGUGGUCAAAACGGUGGAGGGUGAGCGGCUCGUGCUGACGAAUGUGCAUCGCACCGAUAUGGGCGGUUAUUUGUGUAUCGCCUCGAAUGGUGUACCGCCGUCCGUGAGUAAGCGCUUCGACGUGCAUAUCAAUUUUCCACCGUCAAUUAAGGCUGUCAAUCAGCUGUUGGGCGCCCCCGUUGAACGUGAAGUCACACUUGAAUGCAUUGUAGAAGUGUAUCCGAAACCGCUCAAUGGCUGGUAUCGCAACGAAGGUAACUUAAAGCUGCAUAGUAGCAACAAGUACAACAUAUCGGAGGCCAUGAUUAACUUGUACACGUGGCAUCUCAACCUGACAAUACGUCAUCUGACAAAGGCCGACUUUGGCGCCUACACUUGUUCCAGCGUCAAUGCGUUGGGCAAAAGCGAAGCGCGUAUACGACUACAAGAACUGCGUUUACCGCCCAAACCGACAACAACGCCAACACCUUACGUUUACACCACACCGAAGCCGCGCCGCAAACCGCCAACGAACCAUCAGAACAAAGGACUCAACGAAGUGGUGCGCGCCAAGGAGACCCAUCACGUCACAAAUCAAAUGCAGGAAAAUGACAUCUACGCCGGUCUGAGUGGCACUGGCGGUGCCUUCUUUGGCAGCGCCAACACGCUUAGCAGCAACGGAGCGCUGGGCGAUGCUGCAGGCGUUGCCCUAGGUAACGGUAAUGUGAAUAGCAACGUUAACAACAACAACAACAAUGGAAACGGCAACAUGCACAGCGUGAAUAGCGGCCUGACAAACGGAGCGGAAGUACACACACAACUACCGACCCGCAAUGCUGGUGUCUACGAGAAAACGCAAAAAUCGUCGACCGGCGUCGUGCCCUCCCCGCGCUCUCCGUGGGUCUUUACAAACGCUGCAGCGUCACAAAUGCAUUUUAACGCGCAGCGACUACUACAUGCGGCAAAUACGAUUACACUCCUCUACGUCGCAUUAUCCUUGUUCAAAUUCAUAUCGAAUGAGUUGUCCGUCGCCACGCUCACAGCCACGACACUAUGGCGAGCGAAUGGCUGAAGCGAAGCACAACGACGACGGCAACAUACAAGCGACGAUGAUAAGAGCGUAAAAACAACAACGAAAUGGUGGCGACAGGAGCAACACAUGCUCAAAGUGUGUGGUGUUUGGUUGUUACUUAUGAUAAGUUGGAGUUGGGAAUUCAUCGUCGUGAGUGCUACUUCGUUCCGGCGGUGCAGUAUGCGGCAUAUCUAAUGCAAACAAAUGUAUAUAAAUAGACAUACAUACAUGCAGACAUAUGUAUUGAUGGAAUGUAUGUGAACUGACUUGAAAAACAACAACAAAAACAAUACCACGGAAUUACAUAUGAAUUACAAAAAGAACAAGAAUUAUACGUAUUAGCAGUUAAGAGCAAAUAUAUACACACACACAUACACAUAUGUAAGUACAAUAAGAAGUAAGCAUUAGUUAAUAUAUAAUAUUUAUUAAGAAUUAAGUUCAAAUCACAUAUAUAGAUACAUACACACAUAUUAGUAACGUAAUAUCAUCAAAUGCAUAUAUAUGUUAUAAUCAUUAUAUUAAAUAAAGUCUUCCGAUACAUAUGUACAUACACAUACACAAACAUUUAAAUAGCAUUUAAGUAAGAACGGCAUUUAAGCAGCAAGAUAAUAAAGCAUACUUACAUACAUAUACAUAUAUGUAUAUUGGUAAACAAAUAUACAAACAUACCACAAGGUAUAAACAAUUUCCAUUCAUAUUCUAAAAAAAAUCAACAACAAAAACAAAA